CCAUUUGUAAUGCGUUAUUGCGUUAUCCACUCAUGAAUAGCCACCCAAAAAGAGCAAAUGAAAGAAAGAUAAAGAAAAAGAACGAAAACUAACGAGGUAUUCUGUAUUCUGAACUGUCUUGCACGGUCGCACCAAGCAAGAACAGUGUCUUGUCCGUGGCGCUUCUAAUUAAGCUGCGAGGCACUGGAUACUGCAUCGCUAACAUGCUGAAACAACUGGCGGAGUGCGCUGCAGCCGCUGCCAUCAGAGUUGUUGCAGGAGACUCCAUCCAAGUUUCCACAGAUGCACAUCCAGAAAAUCGGGACACGGACAACUCGGAUGAAGCUUCAGCUGCAUCCCGUGAAGUUCCUAGGACAGCGGUGACUGUCGGAACAUUCCAGGAUCUCGCGAAAGACUCGAUGCAGGUUGCCCGGGCCUCCACGGAAGCACACCCACACCAUAGCUGCAAUACCGGCACCAUAGAGGCAGGCGUGGAUUCAUCUGCAACCUGCACACUCCCCACUCCAGCGGUCACUAACGUAGCAGGAGCUUCCAGUCAAGUUUCCAAAGAAGCUCAUCCAGCCAAUGUCGGAGGAGAUGGCUCGGAAAAAGACAUGGUGGUUUCACCCUCAAUCGGCGAAAUUCCCUCGAAGGUGGCAAUGGUACGACCAUCCCAGGACCCCGCGGAAGAGUCAACACAGGUCACCCGGGCCUUCGCCAAAGCACCUUCAGAGAAUGGCAGCAGCGUCGACCGAGGACAGACAGCAAUGGCUUCCUCCACAACCCCUCAACUUCCCACCAAGGUGGUCACCGUGGGACCCUUCGGAGGCCCCGCGAAGAUCACGAUACAGACCACCCAAAUCCCUGUGCAGGUAAACUGGGACCUCGUCACGAAACCCGGCUUGAAGAAGGUACCGGAAUCGAGGACCCCGACGGCGUACGCAAAGGCUUCACCGGAGCUGAUCGUCGGCAUCGAAAUGGAGGCGGAGAAGCACGGCCCGCUUCCCGCAAUGCGGGAGGAGACGGUCCGUUUCUCCAACACCAUGCAGAUCUGCAGCCUGUGCCACAAGGUCUUCAGCAACCCGAGCAACCUGAGGCAACACUAUGCCAUCGUCCACUCAACGUCGGCUGAGCGCCCUUUCGGCUGCACCGUGUGCAGCAAGCGGUUCAACACCGAGAGCAACCUGCGCCAGCAUCGGCGCACCCACACGGGGGAGCGCCCUUUCCCCUGCCCGCACUGCCCCCGCGCCUUCUCCACUUCGACAAACCUGCGGCAGCACGAGCGGAUCCACACGGGCGAGCGACCGUUUGCGUGUUCCGACUGCCCUCGUGCGUUCUCGACAUCGAGCAACCUCCGUCAGCACCAGCGGAUCCACAGCGACGAGCGGCCAUUCGAGUGCCGCGUCUGCGAGAAGCGGUUUCGGUCCUCGACUAACCUGCGCCAACACGGGAAAAUCCACGACGACGGGGUCGCUCCGGCAGUUGUUUCUGAGGAAGAGAACCAUGCGGGCGGGAGGACAGAACCGACUGAGACUGGCUGCGAGCCCAAGCAACUGUGGGUCGAACCGGAACAAAUGGACAAAGCGGUGUGCCCCGAGGAGUCUUUGCCACGUGCGUCGACUGUUUCUAAUGUGCAGGAUCCCACGGCAGUGCAGAAUGUGCACUCAAUCAUGUUCUUGCAGGUGAGCGGGGAAGACUCGCCGAACGUCGGGGAAGUGCUUCAGGGCCUACGGGCAUCAGGUCACGUCUGAUGCUGCUGUUUUUAUUUUUCAUUCUGGUCGUUUCUGUUUUGCUUGUGAGAACCGGGGAUUGAUUUGGAACUUUCUUUGUGGUGGUGCUGCAGAUUGCAUUUGUUGAAGUCUUUGUUUUGUGGCAUUUGCUAGGUUUACAAUUGUUAGGGUGUCUUGCGCGUGUCUCUUCAAAUGCUUGUUGUGCUCUGGAUUUUUUCGGAAGUGUGAGAGUUUCUGAACACCAUGAGGGUGUGCUCUGAAAGAUGUGCAGCUGCAAGAUGCACUGGGGGGCUUGCAAGUUGAUAUUGGAACCGUAGGAGGGUAUUCUGCAUUUUUUGAGACUGAAAUAUUUGCUGGCAAAGCCCGAGCCUCCUUAGAACAUGCAUUACCUGAACAGUUUCUUUCCUCCGUUUCUAAACUUUCCUGUCCUUAGACAAAACACCUGCAAUUCUCUAAGCAUUUCUUUUUGCUCAUAAUCGCCAAUCACUGACACAUAGUGUGAUCUUCCCUAUUAAUUGUAUAUAGAAGUUUUACAAACUGGUAUUUACUGUUUCUUGUAUUCAAUUAGCAAAUACAUGCAUGAUAAGCUAUACUUCCACUCUGC